AUGGCAACUGUGACUGUACCUAGAGGUGAACUGGAGGUCGUCCAGGAUGUCGCUUCAAAUCCAGAUUCUGGUACCAGCAGUGAGCCAUCAGUGUCCUUUACUUCUCUGCGCUUCUCCUCGGGAAAGAUAUUUUACACUUGGAAUGAGACGAGCACCUAUAGCCCACCCAGACUCCUGAAACUAGCUGCUCAGAGCUUGCUGAGGAAUGAGGUCCUGAGAGGUUCUGAUCUGGAGGACCUGCCCGCGGGUCUAUUCCCACUGCUGUUCAUGGAGGCCGUUGCCACGAAAGACCAAGAAAGCCUCAUCAAGGCCAUGGUGCAAGCUUGGCCCUUCACUCACCUCCCUCUAGGGAAUUUGAUGCCAAUACCCAAUGAGAAGAUCUUGAAAGCUACACUAGAUGGACUUGAUAUGCUUCUUUUCCAGAAAGUUCAUCCCAGGAGGUGGAAAAUGGAAGUGCUGGAUUUACGACAAAAUGCUAAACAGGACUUCUGUUCACUGGUCUGGUCUGGAGCCAGAGAUGCCUGCUCUGCAAAAGUCACAAGGCAGACCAUGGAGGGUAGUCCAAACAUGGGAAAGAAACAGCCUUUGAAGGUGUUUGCAGACCUCUGCCUCGCAGAACAAGGCCUGAGUAAAUUCCUCAGCUGCCUAUUUGGGUGGGCCGAGCAGAGAAAAGGUUUAGUGCAUGUGCACUGUACGAUGCUACAGAUUUUGACUACACCCAUCCAUCUUGUCAGGGAGAUCCUACAGAUGGUGGGUCUGGACUUUUUUGAGGAGGUGGAUGUGUGCUGGGAAUUUGGACUGACUAUCUUGGCAGAAUUUGCUCCUUACUUGAGCCAGAUGAGUAAUCUUCGCAAACUCCAUCUUGGAAAUAUUGGUGUUAUCCAUUUUACUAACUACACUUCUCCGGAGAGGAAGGAGGAGUUAGCCGUCCAAUUCAUCUCUCAGUUCCAGAACCUGAACCUGCAGAAGCUCCACUUAUGUACUCUUUCCUUCCUCAAAGGCCGCCUAGACCAGUGUCUCAGGUGUCUGAAGACCCCGUUACAGACUCUCAAGCUAGAAUCAUGUUUCCUUACAGACUCAGAUAUGAUUUCUCUGUCCCAGUGCCUGUGCACCAGUCAGCUAAAGAGGCUGGAUUUGAGCGGUACCUACCUGGCUAAUUUAAACCUUGAGCCUUUCCAGCAUCUGUUGGAGAGAGUUGCAAAGACCCUCACCUUUCUGAUCUUAAUUAAGUGUGGUAUCACAGACACCCAGCUCAGUGCCUUCCUGCCUGCCCUGAGUCGCUGUGUCCGGCUUGAAUAUCUCGAGCUCUAUGGGAACCCCAUCUCUGAGGCUGCCCAGGAGAGGCUGCGGCACCACACGGCCAAGCUGAGCAGGUUGAGAUUUGAGACCUAUCCUCUCCCUAUGAUGGGUCACUACAAAAAGGGUGCUAGGCGAACAAGGUUUGUCCAGAUUGAGAGUAAGCUAUCAGGGACACCGGGGGACUUAGGGCAGUCCAAGAUGGUCACCUACUAUACCUACCCAUGCUAUGAAUGUGGCACGUGGCAAUUCUACCAUCCGCAGUACCCUUUUUGCAAAUGUAUGUUUGACUAG